AUGAAGUAUAUUUGGAAUGGGUACUGGGAAGUUGAAACUCAAAUCCUAAAAUUAAGAUUUUGGGAACCAAAUUUCAAUCCUACAGCUCAAAGAACUACUACAGCUUUUGUUUGGAUUAAUAUCUCUGGUUUAGGAAUGGAGUACUGGAAAGAGAAAAUUCUUAUGUCUUUAGGUGAUACUUUUGGAAGAGCUAUAAAGGUGGAUGAAACAACUCUUAAAAGAGAAGUUGGUUAUUAUGCAAGUGUUCUUGUUGAAGUGGAUUUAGCAAAUAAUAUACCAAAUCAAAUCUUGGUUAAAUCCAAGUAUGGUAGUUUUGAACAGGAGGUACAAGUUCCAAAUUCUCCAGGUUUUUGUGGUCAUUGCAAAAUGGUUGGACAUUUAAUAACAGAAUGUAGGUUGAAGAGAAAAGAUGAGGCAACGGAGGCUGAUAAUGAUGGGAACCCUAAAUUGAUAAGAAGAAAAGUUUGGAAAAGGAAAGAAAAGAGGCAAUCCCCAACAAGUUUGGAACCUUGGAAUCCUUUCUUUGCUUCUGCAAGUAAAUUUCAAGUACUGGUGGAAGUUGCUGAGGAACAAAGUUCAGAGAAAAGUAUGAACGUUUCAAAGCCUGGUACAAAAAGUGUUGCAACUAGCAAAGCAACUAAGGACAACAAUAAAGCAGCACAGUCAAAAGAUGAGCCUACAAUAAGAGUUAGAAACAAUUUUGUUAAAAAUUUGAGAUUACCUGGAAUGAGUCAUAUGUUGAUCCAUAACUCAACAGAUACUGAAAAAGGAAACAUUUGGUUACUAUGGCAUUCUUAUUUGUCAACCCCAAUAGUAGUUUCUAGUACUAAACAAGCAAUUAUUGUCAGAGUUGGAGAAGUUUUGAUUAUUGGUAUUCAUGCUGCAUGUCUAACAGUUGACAGAAGAAUUCUUUGGGAGGAAUUAAUGAAGAUCAGUCAAAUGAAUUGUCCAUGGCUGAUAACUGGAGACUUCGAUACUCUCCAAGAUCAAGAAUCAAAUAUUCUUGGUGCAAUAAUAGAGUGGGUAAGAAGAGGAUAUUAUGUGAUCUGGAUAAGGCUUUUUUUCAAUGUGAAAUGGAUGGAAAAGUAUGAUGAUUGGAGAUAUAAAGUUGGAGUGAGGGGAGUCUCAGACCAUGGUGCAUUGUUGGGAGGUACUAAUGAAUUUCCUAAGCCAAAUAAUAUACCUUUCAAAUAUCAAAAUAUAUGGACUUCUGAUCCUGAAUUUAAGCAGUUUAUACAAGCAUCUUGGGAACAAGAAUGUUCAGGAAAUCCAUCUUUUAAAUUUAUGAGCAAACUGAAAAGAUUUAAAGUUAGUGUUAAGACAUGGAAUUGGGAGGUUUUUGGUGACUUAAGUAUUAAGGUUAAAGAAACUGAAGAAGAAGUGCUCAAUGCUUCCUUACUUUCAGAUGCUCAACCAGAAAAUGUGGAAUUACUUAAUAAGUUAGAAACUGCAAGAGGAAAGCAUGAAAUAGUAGCUAAUCAGUAUAAUGAAUUGAUGAGGUCAAAAUCAAGAGUUAAAUGGGUGAAAGAGGGUGGUGCAAAUACUGGUUUUUUCCAUACUUCAAUGAAGGUUAGAAGAGCGCAUAAUAAUAUUGUUGAGCUUGAAAAUACUACUGGUAAUAUUGUUACAAAUCAAGAAAACAUGGCAGAGUUACUUGUAAGUCAUUUUAAGAAGAAAUUUGAAUAUCAUGAAGUCAUACUAGAGGAAGAACUUUUAGACAUUAUUCCUAAAGUGAUAACUGAUGAAGACAAUGCUCAAUUGGAUAAAUUCCUAUCAGAUCAAGAAAUCAAAGAAGUUGUAUUCUCAAUGGAUCAAAAUAGUUCUCCUGGUCCUGAUGGUUUUCCAGCUAGCUUCUAUAGAUUUUCAUGGGACAUUAUUGGUAAAAAUUUGAUAGAGGCAAUACAAUACAAUACUGUUGGAGGUGCAUAUUCAUACCAAAAGGGAUGA